UUAUGUUUGUUGAGCUGUUCUUUUUUCCAAGUUGCAAAUGACAUUAAUAAAGCACGAAAUAUUAGUUUUAAAAAAGGCUUUUUCCAAAAGAAUCUGAGCUCUUUUUUCAGUUAUGGAGUCUCAGUAUCAGCAGUUCGGGUCGCCUGAUAACAUCUCGGCCCGCGGAGAGCAAAGAAUGACUCUACAAACAGGUUUGAAGAGGAUGUUGGUUUACGUCCUGUAUGGAGUCCUGGUGCUGCUGCUGUUAAUCCUGCUGAUGGUCACUGGGAUUAAAUUCUCCCAGUUGAACAAGGAAGUGACUGAUGUCAAACUUCUGCUCGAGAGAAUCGGCAACGGAGGAUCGGCGUCCGCGCACAGUUCAGGUGCUCGACCUGACGAGAAAGUCCUCGUAAAGCCGCUUGUCCCCGUUCAAGGAACGUGUCGGGAAGGAUGGUCGUCUUUCCAGAGGAGCUGCUACCUGCUGUCCAACGCCGGCGUCACCUGGAGCAAAGCGGAGGAGCAGUGCCGAACACACGGAGCACAUCUGCUGGUUCUGAACACGGUGGAGGAACUGGACUACAUUUCCCAGAUAGUUACAAUCAGAUACGGCUACUGGAUUGGACUCGUGGAGCGAGAACACGAGGGCCACUGGAGCUGGGUGGAUGGAACCGACUACAACUCAACGCCAACUUUCUGGGAUGUUGGUCAACCUGACAACUGGGACUACAUAGAGAGCGGCGAGGACUGCGGGCAGCUUCACGGCUCCGAGCAACGCAAACGCAAACUGUGGAACGACGCCGACUGUAACCUGGCGCACCGGUACAUCUGUGAAAGCGGAGCGGGUCAAACAGCAACACCACAGACCUGAGAUUAUGUUUUUAAUAUUAUUUCAUUAUAACGUCCAGAAGGUGUGUGAGGCUUUUAUUGGACAAUAAAACAA